GCGUGGUAACAAAUUAACUUAUCUGAAACAAGGUGUCUUCAAUGGUUUGAAAAAUCUUGAAACGUUAAAUCUGGAAAAUAAUGAGCUAAGGACCUACAAUCCUGAUAUAUUUAAUGGACUCACUUCCCUUAAAACUUUAUUAUCGGAUGAGUUCAGCAUCUGCUGCAUUAUGAAACGUGUUCCCGACUGCCGUCCGACUACUGAUCAAUUUUCAUCUUGUAAAGAUCUCUUGAAGAGGGAAGCUUUGCGGAUCCUGAUGAUGAUUCUUGGAAUUACUGCCCUCAUCGGCAACUUAGCUGUUAUUAUAUUGCGUGUGCUGGAAAAUGACUUUAAUGUCCAAUCCAUACUUAUAACUAAUCUUGCAGUAUCUGACUUGUUGAUGGCGGUUUACAUGAUAAUCAUAGCAGGAGUUGAUCUUCGCUACAGGGGUGUGUAUGCAACGUUUGCAGACGCUUGGAAAACCAGUUUCCUUUGCAGUUUCGCCGGGUCUAUCUCCACAUUAUCCAGCGAAUGCUCGGUAUUUAUGUUGAUGCUUAUGAGUUUUGACCGUGCAGUUACCAUAGCUAACCCGUUCAGCAACAUCCGACUCAAUCGUAAAAGAUGCAUUAAGAUUAUCGGUGUAGCCUGGCUGGUCAUUAUUUUUAUCAGUUUCCUCCCGAUGUUCAACCAUCUAAGCUUCAUCAACAUACCGUAUUUCGGAAGUAACUACUAUGGACGGCAAAGUGUGUGCCUGGCACUACCGCUAGCAAGAGACCGAUUGCCAGGCUGGGAAUAUGCAAUAGCGAUUUUUCUUGCCUUCAACCUCUUUGGAUUCUUCGUUAUCGCCGUGAGUUAUAUUUCAAUAUACAUAUCUGUAAAGAGAACAGCAUCGAGUGUUAAUAGAAAUAAGGGGCGCGCAGGGGAGAUUAAGAUGGCAACCAAGAUGGCAAUGAUCGUCCUAACCGAUUUCUGUUGCUGGUUUCCUAUUAUCUCGAUGGGAAUUGGAUCCGAGGUUGGUGCCUGGAAGCUCCCAGCCGACAUAUAUGCCUGGUCAGCGACCUUUAUUUUGCCUAUUAACUCCUCUCUCAAUCCAUAUCUUUAUACAAUCGCUUAUAAAUGCAACAUUAAGAAAAAGCCACCGACACAGACCGCAAUAAAAUUACGUUUAGUCCGGCCCAGACCGUUAACACCGUAGGGCCGUUGUCGUCCACUCUGCUGCCGCCUGGCGCCGUGGCACUUCUGUAUCUCGCUCUUUG